AAAAAAUGACGAUGUAGGAGCAUGUUGAUGCAUCCGCGACACGAACGUAGAUAACAAACUGAAAACAUCAACCAGGCUGACGUGAACCUUUGUUCAGAGCUGAAGCGGACCGGUCUAGCACUGAGAGGCGACAAACUCCUAAGUAAUAGUACCAAGAACGAACCAAUACUUCACGACAAGGACGGACAGCAGGCUACAGUCCUUUGUUCCUCCGUGACGUAAUUCCGGCAAGAAGGAAGCCGAACCAGACAGGCGAAUCUUUUGACCACACUUAAUCAGUACAAAUUAUUUGCCAGCUUAUUUUCACGGGAUUUGUUCCAGCAGCCCCUCCGUCCAGAGACCGCUUCCUACAGGUGUUGUCCCCCGACCUGCUUGCCAACAAGAUCACAACAAAGACGACGACAACAUCCACUUUUUCUCAACAUCCCAUAGUACAGUUCAACUGAGUUGAGCUGUAGAACUUUUGUACAAAAACUUGUAGUAAAGGAGCAAAACUAAAACUUGUACUACAAGAACUACGAGAACGAGAAGUCUGUUUCUUCAAAAUUAAAGCAAAAUGGCGGCAGUAGCGGUUCUUCCAUGCGGCGGCGCCAUUGCCGAUCUGGAUCCCUAUCAUAGGCUGAAGGAGGUCGAGCAGCAGCUUGAAUUUUUGAAGAUUAGAGAAAGCUACAUCAAGGAGGAGAUGAAGAACUUGAAGCGAGAGAUGAUCAGGGCACGCGAGGAGGUAAAGCGAGUGCAAAGUGUUCCCUUGACCAUAGGAACCUUCGCAGAGCUAGUGGACCAGGAUCAUGCCAUCGUGCAGUCAAAUAGCUCCACAUACUACGUGCGAGUCCUGAGUACUAGAAAACUACUUCUAUCUCUAUCUUUGUUGGUUGCCUCUUGAACCAAUUAAUCUAUAUUUGAAUUGAGCUUGUUAGACUAAAUUCUUUUUGUAAGCACAGUUUACUACAGACGAAACUAGAAGUACUAGCUUAAAGAUUUCAAUUUCUUUUCACGCGUCUUACUCUGUCUUACCACUCAGGUACGCUCAAUAGGGAAGACUUGAAGCCGUCCAAUAGUGUGGCAUUACAUAGGCAUUCUCAUGCCGUUGUCGGCUUAGUUCCUGCGGAAGCGGACAGUUCUGUCAUAAAUCUCGCAGCAACGGAGAAGCCGGACGUUACGUAUUUGAAUUUGAGGCUCUUCUUCUAUCUGAAAAAGUUUCAUUGAUCGUAAAUGAACAGAUUGGAACCUCCCAGUAACUCGUUCUCUAAAGAAAUCUCUGAUUCUGUUGUAGAUGAAAACUCAAGUUCUACCCACACCAAGAUCUAUUCAACAACUCAUAGAUUAGAAGUAGGACGACAAGAAUUUCCCUGAUGCUGCUUCUCCAACAGGUACGCUGACAUAGGAGGUAUGGACAUCCAGAAACAGGAGAUUCGAGAAGCAAUUGAAUUGCCGCUUAUUCAGCAAGAUCUUUAUGCCCAAAUCGGUAUCGAUCCACCAAGUGGUGUGCUUCUCUACGGACCUCCAGGUACUCGUCAUUUGCUGAGAGUUUUCUACUUUGUUUUCUGCUCCUUGUGUUUAGAGUAAGUAUGCAGUUGGCCAAAAAUGUUCGAAUCAAUUGUUGUUGUUGUUCCCCUUGUAAAAACUGGAUCGUGAAUCUUCAUGAUGAAAACCCGCGUAAUAAAUCUUCUCAUUAAGGCUGAGUGUCGCUUGCGACAUUGUGAGCUUGACAAAUGCGCGCAGGGGUUCUGACACGCAAUCAUCAUAUAGAUUUCUGUAUUCGCAUUAGACAUGCAAAUUAUACAUCCUCCUCCUCGAUUAAAUUCAGACCACCUCCAAACAACAAAAAUGUAGAUGAGUUUGUGAAAAAUACAGGUACUGGGAAGACAAUGCUUGCGAAAGCAGUGGCCAACCAUACAGACGCACAAUUUAUUCGAGUUGUAGGAUCCGAGUUUGUCCAGAAAUACUUAGGAGAGGGUCCCCGCAUGGUCCGUGACGUCUUCAGGUAUGCUUUUUAUUUCUACCUCCCACCUACUACUGGAUAGGAUAUUUCCUAUAAAUGAGAAGCAAGUCUUCAUAUAUUUUCAUUUCCUUUCCUAUCUUCUUCCUUCACUCUUUACGUAAGAAUAAAUCAUGUUUGUUCCUCCUCCUCCACCACACAAAAUAAAUCGGCCUUCAACAUCCUUCCAUCAUAGACCUCCUGAUAAUUCUUCCUCACGACCUCUCCUCAACCACACAGAAUGGCAAGGGAGCAGGCUCCAUCCAUCGUGUUCAUCGACGAAGUCGAUGCCAUAGGAACGAAGCGAUUUGAUAGCCAGACUGGUGCCGAUCGAGAGGUGCAGCGCAUCCUCCUAGAACUUUUGAACCAAAUGGACGGCUUUGACCAAACGACAAGCGUUAAGGUACUAGUACAACUUUUUGUUUACUCUAAAUACCAAACGACAAGCGUUAUGGUAUUUAACUCUUUACUCUAAAUAGGAUAAGAAUUUUUGAUUAUUACUAUAAUCAGUGAAUACUUUCGGACGUACAUCAUUGAACUAGUGCGAAUUUUAUCUGACAACAUCGAAUUCGAAAAUCUUCUGCAGAUUCACUUCGUUCUUCAUAUCUUCAUAUAUGACAAUUAGGAGCUAGAAAGCCACAAGGUAAACAUCACUGUUAAUUUUACAACAAGGUGAUUAUGGCGACAAAUCGAGCUGAUACGUUGGAUCCAGCACUUUUGCGACCAGGACGUUUAGAUCGAAAGAUCGAGUUUCCUCUACCAGACCGCAGGCAAAGACGGUAAUGAAUAUCUUCAAUAUAAUUGAUAUUUGUACGUCCCUACUGGCGUGUGCUACUUUCAUUUGCGACAUCUAUUUCAUUUUCAAUUUCAUUUGACGCCACGACUACGUCUGUCUUCCGCGUCCACAACUAGUACGUCUGUCUUCCCCGAACCUAGUAUGUAGAACUCCAAGUACCAGCUCUAUUCUAUCCAUCAGGUUGAUUUUCCAGACGAUUACGUCAAAGAUGAAUUUGUCUGAAGAGGUUGACUUGGAGGAUUUUGUUGCGCGACCGGAGAAGAUUUCUGCCGCGGAUAUAUCAGCGAUCUGCCAGGAAGCAGGUAUGCAGGCAGUGAGGCGAAACCGGUACGUGAUUCUAUUAAGGCUUGAGGAAAUACAUUUUCACAGGCAUCUUGGUCCCGUUUCUCGAGGGAAAAGGGCGCGACAGAUGCUGUUGAAGAUGGAUUUCUGCAAGUUCUAACUCUAGCCAAGGACUUCGAGAUCGGCUGGAAGGAGCAUGCCAAGAAGAAAGACAAGGAUUUCGACUUCUACUCGAUCUAAGUCGUGGACAGGAAGAAGACAAGGACUUCGACUUCUACUCGAAGAUCUGAGUGGACAUCAAGUAGUCUUUCUUCGACUUAUACUCGAUCUAAGUGACUACGUAGUUCGUUAGGUAAGUCGUUGGCGCGAGAUGAUUAUGAAGAUCUCUUCUCCGUCUCUCGACGCCGACGCUGAUCUCUUGUGCCGAUUGUCCUUGUGCUUGAGCCAGAAAUUUUUUGGAACACACUUCGCGUGUGUGGAGGCUUUGCUAGUGUGCCCUUGGUGUCAGAUGCUACUGACGCGUGCGGUCUCGACUGAUCCUUGCUAGCUCCAUCCCAUAAGCAAGAAGACCCUCUCCCUCUACUCCCUGUUUUUCUUCUCCCAUGACCCAUUAUCAUCUGAACGAGACUGUUUUUUUUGCUCGUCUGACGAGGCUGAGACACAAGACAAAUCUCGAGGAGGCCAAAGCGGCAAGUUCAAAGUGUAAAAAGAAGUACUUAGACUGGAGAGGAUUACCCUUACCGGUUUAUUACCCCUCCCUGCCCUAUCGAAGAUCCUCGCACAGAUGAAUCACACAGAGUUCGUUGUAGAAUGUUCCAUCGUUAUUGUUAUAAAGAGUUGAAGGUCAUCAGAUCGUAAUCAUCGCAAAAAUCGUUCCCCCUUCUAAAGAUUUCCGAGUCUGACAAGAGAAGACCUCCCCAAAGACGAGAAGUGCUUCCUCGUGAGAUCGAUUAUGAGGUCAUUUGAGCAGUUCACAUGAAAUGCAGGCCUCUCACUAUGAAUAUGAAAAUUGGGAAAAUCUACCUCGAUUGAUACCUUAUCUACAGAGUAAGUAAGGCUUAGGCAGACUGCCGAAUAGAUUCGCAUCAUCAAGUAAGACUGACGUAGCGGGCUCUUUUGUGGCGCUUCUGGU